AUGUUAAAUUAUACGUUGAGCAACAUAUGUGGGUGUUUUUAUACUGGAGGGAAAAUAUUAUUUAGUAAUGAUGGGAACUCUUUAUUUGUACCUGUAAGUAAUAGAAUAAAUAUCUACGAUUUAAGUAAUAAUAGUUGUAAUACAUUAAAAUCAGAGAGUCGUAAUGAUAUAAGACAUAUUACUAUUCAUCCUAGUAUGGAGAUUAUUAUAACAAUAGAUAAGUUUGGUUACGGUUGUGUUAUAAAUUUAUUAAAAGAUCAGAUAAUAUCAAGAAUAUUGUUUAAAUCCAAAACAGGUGUAGUUACUUCUUUUAAUUAUAAUAAUAUGCUUAGUCCUCAAGAAGAACAAGAUGUUGUUAAUUCAGCUUUGUUUACGAAUUCUGGGAAAUACUUUUUGAUAGCAGUUGGUAGACGAGUAAUUAUUUGGAAAAGUCCAUGUAAACAAAAUAAUUAUAAAUUAAUAAAAUAUAAUGAUAUAUGUUUUCAUUCCUUAAAUGUUAUAUCUAUAGAUAUAUCAUCAGAUGAUAAGUAUUUUUUAACAACCUCGUAUGAUAUGACUAUAAGAAUUCAUACUGUUAAAAAAGAAAAAAAAAUCAAGCCAACCAUUUUGGGUGGAAAUAAAACGACCAUAGUGGGUGCCUUCUUUUCAAAAGAUGGGAACUUUAUAUUUAGUGUAAAUAAAUCUGGGUUAAUAAUUCUUUGGUCCUAUGAGGCUCAAACGGGGGUAGACGAAAAAUGUGAAAAUUUUGAGGGCGACAAAGUGUAUGAGGAUGUGAGUGGGGAUGAUAACAAGAGUGAUGAGGAUGUGAGUGGGGAUGAUAAUAAGAGUGAUGAAAAUGUGAGUGGGGAUGAUAACAAGAGUGAUGAGGAUGUGAGUAGGGAUGAUGACCAUAAUGAGGACGAUACAAAAACGUUCGAUGAUGAAAAUAUUUCAUCUGAAUGUGAAAAAAAAAAAAAUAGAAAAGAUGAAAAGUGGAGUAAAAUAUCCCUGCGUAAUAAUAAAAUAAAAGACAACAACAACAAAAACAAUAAUCAUAAUAAUAAUCAUAAUAAUAAUCAUAAUAAUAAUCAUAAUAAUAAUCAUAAUAAUAAUCAUAAUAAUAAUAAUAAUAAUAAUAAUAAUCAUUUUAAUACUAGUGUGAAGAGAGCUUUUGAAAAAAGGUGGUGCUAUAAAAGGAUAUAUUACUGCAAUCAAGAGAAGAAUGAAGAAGUUAUAAGAUCAUGUUUUAAUAAAGAAAAGGACAUAUUUGUUAUCGCUUUUUCCAGUGGAAGAUUUGGUAUAUAUAGUACUCCAGAUAUGAUUUCUCUUUAUAAUAUAAGUAUUAAUACAAAUACAAUUGAUGAUAUUACUAUAAAUACUGAUGGAGAGUGGAUAGCUUUAGGAGAAGGUAAUAAUGGUACUAUUAUAAUAUGGGAAUGGAAAAGUGAGAGCUAUAUAUUAAAACAAAAUACAACAAAUAAAAAUGUUAAAUGUGUUAAAUUUUCUCCUAUUAUUAGUCAUUUAAAAAUUGGUAGUCAUAUUAUAGAUAAUUCAAGUACCUAUCACGAAUCUGACAAUUUUACUAGUAAAUUUGUUAUUGUUACAGGUAAUGAAGAUGGUACUAUUAAAUUAUAUGAUUAUCUAUCCUUUAUUAAUUUUGUUACAUUUACUGCUCAUACAAAUACAGUUACAGAUAUUUGUUUUUUACCACAAGGAAAUGCAUUCAUCUCAUGUUCUCUUGAUGGUACUGUUAGAGCUUUUGAUCUUUUAAGAUAUCGUAAUUUUAAAAUCUAUACUCCAGAUGUUAUUACAGAUUUAAAUCAUUAUAGUAAUAAUAUGAACGACCUGAACAGUUCAGGUAAAAAAAAAGUGGAUAAAAAAUUGAAUGUUCAAUUUUUGUGUGUGAGUGUGAAUAUAAGUGGGAAUAUAGUAGCAGCAGGUGGUCGUGGGAAUGAAUAUGUGGUAUAUAUAUGGAAUGUGCAGACAGGGAAAUGUAUAGAUAAAUUAUUUGGUCAUAAUUCUCCUAUAAUAAAAAUAUGUUUCAGUACGAAUUUAAAAAAUGAAGGAGUAAUAGCUAGUUGUUCAUGGAGUAAAAAUGUAUUAAUAUGGGAUUUAUAUGCACGUCAAAAUAAGGGUAGUAAAUAUGAGGAAAUAACAACAUCACAUGAUAUAUCAUAUAUGUGUUUUGAUCCUCGAGGGAAUGAUAUAUUAGCUGUAUGUACAUUAAGUUGUAAAAUUAUGUUUUGGGAUAUAUCCAUACAAGAAGUUAUAGGAACUAUUGAAGGAGCAAGGGAUAUCAAGAGAGGUAGAUUAUUGGGUGAACAGUUUGGGGCAAUACCAAAAAUGAAUAAAAAAAGAAAUAGGAAAAAAAGCUUGAAUAAUGUAGAUGAAGAAUCUAUGUAUGAAGAAGAUUUAGAAGAUCAAGGAAACAAUACUAUUGUAAAUCAAAAUUGUUAUUUUACAUCGAUAGAUUAUAUACAUAAUGGUAAUUAUAUAGUUGGAUGUGCUAAUUGUAGUGUCUCUUUAUAUAUAUAUGAUACAAAUUUAUAUUUGUUAAUAAAGAUUAUUGAUUUAACAAAGAAUUAUUGUGUAGACGGUAUUAAAAGAGAAAUAUCCACACGAUAUUUAACAUCUGAAGGGACACAUAUAUAUGAAUUAGAUAUUAGUGAUGAAGAAGGUGAUAUUUAUUUAGAUAAUUAUAAAAUUAUGAAUAGAAAGAAAAAACAAAAUCUAUUACCAGGACAAAUUAAUGAAGAUUAUUUAAAUAGUAAAUUAAAAAAAUAUAAAUUCCUUUUAAAUCAAUUACAUAUAUCUGGUGAUGACAGACAUAUAGCUGUUGCAUGUAAUACUGGAUUGUAUGUAUUUACAAAAGAUUAUCAAUAUCAAUAUAUUCCAAGUAUUAAAAAUAUUUAUAAAGGAUUAAUAUCACCAAAUAUAUAUGUUCCUAAAUUUUUAACACAAAAUGUUAAUUUAAAUAAUUUAAAAAAUUCUUUAAAAAAAAAAGAAUAUAUGAAAGCCUUUAUUUUAUCUUUAGCAUUAAAUAAUUAUGAAAACAUUUUAGAGGUAUAUGAAAAUAUACCAUAUAAUAUUAUACCACUAUGUGUAAAAGUAUUAACCAAACCUUUUUUAUUUAUUCUCAUAAAUUUUAUAAAAACAUUAUUAAUUAAUGAUACCAUCAAACAUAUACAUUUACAUUUAUUUUAUCUUAAUUCCUUAUUUACAACUCAUUUUAAUGUUUUCUUAAAUAAUGAUUUUUAUAAUCAUAUCAAUAAUAAUAAAUCUAUUAAGAACAGUCAAGAUAAAAAUAAAACAUCUACCCAAAAUAUUAUGAGUAAUACCAGUUCACUUUUCUCAUCGGAUGAAAUACGCACAUCCCUUUUAUUAAUAUUAAAACAGAUUUUUACUAUAAAUAAUGGUUUGCAGUAUUUGUAUAGUAAUAACAUAAAUGUCUUAAAGUAUUUAUCUUUAAAGGAAUGA